AUGUCCGGCUACAGUAAGCUGACGGAUCGGAAGCAGAGUGUGGGAGCGCUGCAACGAGCUGUCUCCACCUGCCCGUGUCUGCGCCGCUUGUGCGGGCUGCACGACAUGGAACCACCGCCCCCUUCUGGUCUGCACAGGGUCAUGAUGGUUGGUCUGGGCAACUAUCAAAUACAAACCAGUCGCUGCAGUGUGGGGAUGACAGCUAUCAACAUCAUGGCAACCAAGCUCAAUGUGGACCAUAAGUGGCAUUUCGACAGAAGAUUAUGUGGGAAGGUGACAAUCGCAACACGUGGACAACAUCAGAUCAUCCUGCUGAAACCACAGCAGUUAAUGAAAAUGAAUGGAAUUAGUGUCAGUCUCGCAGCCAACAUUUAUCAAGUAGCACCGGAAGAAAUUUUCUUGUUUCACGACCAAAUAUAUAUACCUCUGGGUAAAUAUAUUAUCACAAAUGAAGGACAAUCUGCAAGGGAACACAGUGGAGUAAUUUCCUGCAUAAACAAAAUGAAAAGUGAUAUUAUGCCACGUUUGAUGAUUGGCAUUGGCCCUCCCCCACACAGAUCAAAGCGUGGGACACUCCAUCACAUACUGGGACGUUUCAGCAAAGUCCAACAACACAAAGUGAUGCAAGUGCUGGAGCAGUGCACUAAUUAUUUGCUGGAAGAUUUGGAUAAGGUUUGGAAGCCAGAGGUAGAUAAGGAGUCAGGGAAAAUAGCCAGCUAUGUACCAAAUGAAGGAAAGCUGUCAACUGAUGGAGAAAGCAGUUGA